AUGUCAAAGUCCGGUCUCCGUAAGAAACGCAACUUUAAGGGUCUCGCGCUGGGUAUCAGCGAUACUGCGCCGGGCGCAAAUUUGAGCGGUGUUGGUGCGUCCCUGUCGGCGAAUCCCGCAGCCCCGGCCAGUGCUGCUGUUGCUGCUGACACCGACACUACUGUGUCCGAGGCCACCGGACUGCCGCUAGAAAUUGGACUCGAAUUCAGACUUGACCUGCGCCCCGAGGACCUGGUACCCGAGAAGGAGAUGGGUGAGGGUGCCGGCGGGACCGUGAUGAAGGUCGUGCAUAAGCCCACGCAGACAGUCAUGGCCAUGAAGAUCAUCCGCGCCGACGCUACAAUCCUUCAGCAGGUUCUCAAGGAGCUCCAGAUCCUGCACGAGUGCAACUCGCCGCACAUCGUGUCAUUCUACGGCGCAUUCCCGCGCAACAACGGCGUGCAGAUGUGCCUUGAGUUCAUGGACCUAGGAUCGUUUGACAAUAUCUACCACAAGCACGGGCCCAUCCCGAUGAACGUCAUCGGCCGCCUGACCUUCUCGGUGCUCCAGGGCCUCAUUUACCUGUACGAAGAGAUGCGCGUCAUGCACCGCGACAUCAAGCCCUCGAACAUCCUGCUCAACUCGUCCGGGUACAUCAAGAUCUGUGACUUUGGCAUUUCCAAGGAGAUGAUCAACUCGAUCGCCGACACAUUCGUCGGCACCGCCUCGUACAUGUCUCCGGAGCGGAUGCGCGGCAGCAGCUACACGGUCAAGUCCGAUGUGUGGUCGCUGGGCCUGACGCUGAUGGAGCUGGCGCUGGGCAAGUAUCCGUUCAGACCCGAGGGCGAGACCCUGUCGAUCUUUGAGAUGCUAAACUACAUUACCACCGAGGACUUGCCGAGUCUGUCGCCAGACCAGUUCCCGAAGGACUUUUGCGACAUGGUCGACUCGUGCCUGGUCAAGGACCCGCAGGGCCGGCCGACACCGCGCGAGCUGCUCAGCCAUCCGUUUGCCGUCACUUGCGCCAACGCCAAGGUCGACAUUGCAAAGUGGGCGGCGUCGCUGGUGACCCCAUGA